ACAUUCCUUGAAAGUAGUUGGUCGUCCAGCAUUUUCCACCCGAUGGCGAAACACGUGUUCAUAUUGCAGUUAGUGAAUCUCAACUGAUGGAACAAACAAACCAGUUUCUAAUCUCAUCACAUAAAAUAAUUGUAAGUGUAUAAAGCUUUCAGUUAUACAGUUACUAUCAGUAAAAUGUCGCCACCAGUGUGUCGUUGUUCCGAACAAGUCAGAAAACUGACACAGCAGGCAUCAGUAAUGAGAAGAGAGAUAAAAAAUCUCAGACAGCAGAUGGAUGGGUCCAUACGAGCACAUAGGAAGCAGAUGUCAUCUCUUCAGUCCAUGCUGACAGACUGUAUGAAACACAAUGACAGAUUAACGUUACAAUCAGUGAGCAAAAGUUCGUCUCAGAGCCCCAGUGGAAUGAAUCAGUUAUUAGAAAAAGGGCGUAUUCAUACGGUACCUAUUGGAUACAUCAGCUCAUGUUUUGCGGUCAAAACUGGCACUCCACGACAACCCACAGUAUGCAGUUCUUCACGGGCCAGCUUAAAGAUUGAACCAUCAGUCUUCAAUAACCCUGAGCAUUCUUUAGUUGGACUGGAACAAUACUCGCAUAUCUGGAUCAUUUACCUUUUCCAUAAGAAUGGGCAAAUGAGCUAUAAAGCCAAAGUAAAGCCGCCCCGUCUGAAUGGCCAGAGGGUGGGGGUGUACUCCACCCGUAGCCCUCACAGGCCCAAUGCUUUGGGACUGACUUUGGCAAAGCUAGAAAGAAUUGCAGGGGAUACACUUCACUUGUCAGGGGUUGAUAUUAUCGCUGGAACACCUGUCCUGGACAUCAAGCCGUAUAUUCCAGACUAUGAUUCUCCUAAAACGAGGACAGAUGACACCAACAGUGAAUAUAAACAAACAUCAUUAUUCACAGACCCUAUGGAUCUAGAUGAAGAACCAGACACCUUAGAGGCAUCAUCUGAACCUUCCUCAGAGCUCAGUGUUUGUCCAGCCACUUCUUCAGAUUUGUCUUGCUCAGAAAGUUCUGGAUCCAGUGAAGUGACUCAUGUACUUGCAGAGGUUAAAAACUAUCUGAAACAGCGACAGCUUUUCACCGAAAAUACAGAUGAAGACAAAAACACGGAUGCUCCUGAAGGCGCUUCAGUGGGUAUAAACCCUUUAAGUUCAUCCAAUCUCAAAUUUGGCCAUGAGGACUAUAGUACAAUUGCUGCCUGGGUCAGGGCUCCUCCUGUCAGUAACCUAGAUGUGCGAUUUACUGCAAAUGCUGAAAAAGAGCUCAAGGAGUUUGUUCCCUGCGACAGUACAGACAGUACAAGACCAAAGUUCCAGUUCUUGAAAGGACCAGAGGAAGCAGUGGCAGCUAUCCAUGGCAUUCUGUCAGCUGACCCCAGAUCAGUAUAUCGUCGCACACGUUGUCAAGACCGCCUGUUCUUCUUUACCCUGGACACAGCUGACAUCACCUGCUGGUUUGGAGAUAAUUUUGCUGAGGUUGUGAGAGUCAAACCUGUGCAGAGUUCAGAACUCGCAAAUGUUGUUUGAGGUUUAUGUCAGAUUCCUACACUUUCAAUAAAAAUGAAUUAAAGGAUCGCUCACCCAAAAGUGAAAAUUCUGUCAUCAUUUACUCACCUAUUUUGAGAAAUGUCCAUACAAGAAAGUCAGUGUUCACCAAAUGUUGGUUACCAACAUUAUUCAAAAUAUUUUCCACAUAAGAAAUAAAGUCAUAUAUGUUUGGAAUGGCAUGAGGGUGAGUAAAUUGAUGACAGAUUUGGGGGGGGUUAACUAUCCCUUUAAUUUGUCAAUGAUUAAUUUGUGUUUCUAUUAUUAUUAUUUUAUUUUAUUUUUUGUCUUUGCAUGUGCAAUAAUAGCAGCAGGAAGUGAAAUAAAUCUUAAACCAAACUGA